AUGUCCGCCGGUGGAACAUACACCAAGGGAGGGAAGGGUACAGUGCGCGGCGGAAAUGGAGGCGGAGCCAAGAAGAUGUGCACUUUUCGCAGAGGUGGGCCCUCUGGCUGGAUUUGGGAAACUGUCGUGAAUCUUGUUAACUUUAUUCAAAUUCCCAGCUUUUCAAAUGAUAUAAAAAGUUGAAUGUAGUAAGAAUUGAUAUAUCAAUUCAAAAAAUGAAUGAAUAUAGGAUUUCAGAGCUUUCAUAAUGGAGCACAAAACCAAGAAGUGGAUGUUUAGAACUUUUGAAAGGCAAUAUUUAAAUAAGAACUUUGAGCAGAUUUUUGAUAAAGAAGUUAUGAUGUAGGGACUUAAAGACUUUAACCGCCGAAAAUUCCUGAAAACCAAACAAAAACCGGCAAGCCAGACACUCGUUACACUUGAACACCAAAACUACUUCAGUAACGGUCAAACCUUCGAAAUGAGGCUGAUUACUCAAGGAAAGUAAUCAGCGCGCACUCUGUAGAACUGUCAUACUUACACUUUUACUUCAAAACACUUUGACUUUUGGACGGUUGGUAGUUUAUAAAAUUCUAAAAGUGUUACUUGAAAUCUUGACAAAAACCAGAAAGAAACUGGUAAAUGAGAAAGAGCGGAAAAAUUCAAAGAAUUGCAAUAAAUUUGAGACAUUGGUGAUAAGAACGCAAGAUGAAACAGUAAUGUGCCGUGUUUACGAACACUGCCACCCAACAAAGUUUUGUUUUGUUGGAAUAAGGGAACGAAGACGACGACUCAAUUGAUUUGGACGACUUCUUGACGUGCCACACGUUUUUCUGUCAAUUUUUUUCCUACCUGGGUCCCGGCCUCAAUUCACUCGAGAAACAUUUCAAGCAAUGCCAAGACCAGAAAAAAACGACCUUUCCUCUUUUCUCGGAAAGGCAAUGUUCGCAUUUUGGGAACAAUGAAUAAUUGAAGCAAAUAUAAUUGUGGCAACUAGUUUUGCAUAUUGAAAAUGAUUCCGAGCUUCCGAUGGAUCGCAAAAAAUCAUGAUUCUCCAUUUUCCACAUCCUGCCAUUAUCCCUUGGCAAAAUGAAAAGGUACCGUCCAAAUUUCAAGGACAUUUAUCUCAGAAAACAAGGGAUCAUUACUGUAUGUUCAUGGUGUCAUUCUAAUUUCACGAGCCCGCCCUUGAACUAAUUACCAGGUUCAUUUGACAACCUGAGCAAAAAGCGGUGCUAACUUUUUUUCCUCCUUUAGCCGUUAAAUGAGAAUUAGCGCGCGUUCUUGGUCAUGGUCAGAGGAAAUUAGGAGUUUUUCAGUUUUUGAGGUUUGAGAAAGAAUAAAACGAGUGAAUUUCGAAAAACAACCAAAAAAAGUUGAUUCAAUGGCUUUUUCAAAAAAAGUUCAAUUCGUCCGAAGAAUAAAAAAAACGUUCCUUUUAGUUUCAGUCGGUAUGGAUCUUGCCAUAGAAACACCUGUCUUCGGUUCGUUUAACCUUUGCCGAACAAUGCGAAAUUGCGUCUAGCCUUGUAUUUGUCAUUGCGCAUUGGGCAAUGACAGGGCUAUAAAUUGGACGAUUUCCUAGCUGUUGUAUCUUGAGGACAGUUCAAACAAAUAAUCUUUAUCCUUAAGGUUUUGAUGGGCUUUUUCGAUGGUACAGUUGAGGAUCAUUUGUACUAUUUCAGGAAAAAACUUCAAAAGAGUGCGGCUUCAAAGCUUUAACUUCUAGAGGUUGAAGAAACGUCCGACCUAAAACGACUUCAGCACGGAAGCAUCAAGAAUCAGUGAAGCCUAUAUCAAUCGCCAAACUACGACCACGACUGUUUUUCUCAGACGUCAACAUUCUUUCUGCAAGGAUUUCUUGAGUCUCAAGAAGAAACUGAACGGAAAACAAAAAGUAAACACAAAAAUUCAAAGCAGAAAUCAAAACAAAAAACCCUUGAAACGGUUCCAAACUUCGAUUGCUCAUAAGCGGAUCGCGUUUGACCCUAUUUCAGCUAUAUUUAUUUAUAGCGAGAAACGGCUUCCAGUACAUUUGACGGGUGUAGAAAAACACGAAUAAUGCGCAAACAAAUUGGUACAAGGAUGUUGGAACUCCGUGAAAACCACAUUUGGAGCGGAAAAAACGGUGUUUGCAUGGUUUUUCGUACUUUUAAGAUCAAAGUAACUCAAAGAAUAAUGAACAGUGAGAUAAUAAGUAAUAAAACAAACACGUAAACGAAUCUUUGGUUUUCAAGCUUUGUUACAGAAGAUUUCCAAAAACGAUAAAAAAAAUUCAAUUUUGAAGUUUUUGAGGGAUUUUUGACUUGCCAAGAUGUCUGAGCCGCUAGAAGGUCAAAUCAUUAUUUGACCAACUCCGAAUACUCUGAAGGGCGGCAUUUGCCAACGCAAAACAAUAUCAUCACGCAAUCAAGACAACUCAACGGCUACUGUUCUUUUCUUUCUUUUUAUUUUUUUUUCUGGAUUCUAUCAAUUUUUUUGUUUUGACAUUUAUUCAAAUUUUUAAUUGGACGAAGCUAGAAAUUAGCUUUUCUCGUUAUUUUUUUCAUAUUUGCGCUGAAAGCUUUUUGUCAGCCGUAAUUUUGAAAUUAUUCGAUUUUUUUAGUUUUGAUUUGGCGUCAUCUUAGUUUUAUCGGAUUUAUGAAAAAAAUAAUUUGAAGCAAUAAAUUAUGUAGGCGAAACAGAUCUUUUUUUGUUGUUGUUUUCAGGUUUAAUUCGGAAUUAUAACAAUUCGAGAAUGCACUCCUUUCUGCCCUUUUUCAGAGUAACGAAAAAUGUCAGGCUUUGAAUCGGUCGCUCCCAAUUUCCUACGAGAAGACAACGUCAGUGGCUCGGUUGAAGUCCUCCAAUUUUUAUUUAGAAGCGAAGGAUAUAGUUUUCACGUAAAUUUUUUUUUCAAAAUUGAUUCUGUUUUAAUUCACCGGUUCCAAGAGUUGAAUGAUUUAAAAUUCAAAUUUUGAUAGAGAUGAAGUUGAAAGCUUAAUCGUUUUUCUCAAAAUUCAAUUUCAGAUGAAAGCGUUGGAAAAGUCGCAGGGCGAAGACUUGAUGAAAGCGCAGUACACCGAAGCGGACAGAAUAAAGAUUAUGCAGCUCACGAGACUCCACCACCUUCCCUAUGAUGAUGACCAAGAGUGGGAGUUCCACGGCCUGUUGGACUCGACGCAUCCCGCCGCCUGGGAAUCAAUCGAACAGUACUUUCAACGAUGCGUUUUCGAAGACCUCAGCAACGACUUUCUCCCGCAGCUGACUGAUUUUGACGACGAAGUCGGACCAGGCGACGACGCUUUUGAGUUUUGGCUCCGUGACGCUGGCUACAGAAACUGA